GCGGCCAUGGCGGCGGCUCCGGUGAAGCAGCGGACCGGGUCAAGCCGAGCUCAGCUCCCUCCCUGCUAUUACGAGGGAUAUCUGGAGAAACGGGGAGCUAAAGAAAAGGUAUCACGACGCCUGUGGACGUGCUUGUGCGGCAACACUUUAUACUUCUUCAACAAUGGGAAGGACACCCAUUAUGUGGAGAAACUGGACCUGAGUGGGUUUGUGUCUCUGAUUGAUGACUGCAGUCGAGACAGAAAUCUGGAGGCGGCCAGGAUGAACCUACGCAUGAAGGACGGCGAGAUUAAACUUACCGCUCCUAAUUUGGAAGCACGUGAGCUGUGGAAAGGCUUUCUGUACUCUGUAGUGGAUCUGAAAGUACCCACUACUCUUACCCUGCUGCCCGGGCAACUGCACAUGCUGAGGGAGGUGGUGGUGAAGGAGAGGCAAAGAAGAAAAGCUCGCUCACUCUCCAGAGCCCCCUCAUCCCCUCUCUCACUCCCUCUAGUAGGGGAGAUACCAGCGUGUUUCAGACCGGUUUCUCGUACGGAAGCUGAGGUCCUGUUAGAGCGUCACCCUGACUGCGGGAACAUGCUGCUCAGGCCAGGCAGAGACGGGACGUCUCUCGCCGUCACCACACGACAAGACCUUAAUGGGUCAGUCUUCAGACACUAUCGGGUUACCCAGAAGCCUCAGGGAGGCUACAUCAUUGACGUCGAAAACCCAAUCCCGUGUCCAACACUUCAUGAUGUCAUCAAUGCACUGGUGGAGAAGACGGCCGGGACGCUUCAGCCUUUCUUACUAGAGGAGCCUUACGAAGAGAAUAUCACUUACAUUUCAUCUAACGAUGAGAAUGGAGAGCGAAUACUGCACUGUGCACCCACCAGCACUUUCUCAAGUGGGCCAUCAUUACCCCCAAAAGGAGCAGACAGAUGGACACUAAGGUCACAAUCAAAAUCCCCCAGCCCGUCCAGCAGAUCUCUGAGCCCUCCAGGUUCACCCUCCAGCCCUAUGAGAAGACUGGUACUCGCACCCUCGCCACUCGCACAGACUUUCACAGACGAGCUCAAACAGAAGCUGGAACAGAGGCGGACCAGUCAGGACUAAUUCCCUUCUUUUCCUCGGACGAUCAGCAGUGCAGCCUCACCACCUGGCCUUCUGAUACUGCCAGUGCCUUGUGAUACGAGUCGCUGCAUACAGACUUUGUCUCAUUUCUGUGGUGCUUCAUUACUAAACAGAACAAAAAGUUCCUGCUUUGGAAUGUCAGAAUCGACCACGGGAACUAUAAAAAAUGGAAUGGAAUUUUGAUUAGUGUUUCUGCUUACUGCAUUUGCAUCAGGUUUUUAUGGGACUGGUCACUAAAUGCAUCAACACACAUGAGCAUCAGACCACUAAAAAUGUCUUAUUGGACUGACAGUGAAACUGUACAGUUAUGUGUUUUCUGAUGCACUGUACCUGUAAUACAUGUUUAGUGGGUUCCAGUGAAUUUACUUCAAAUCUUUACUGUUUGGUGAGUUCUAAAGAAAACUAUAUGUUUUCAAAUUCGUAUGAUGCUACUUGAAAUGAGAUUGACUCAUACUGUCAGAUCUGCCACAUGGUGAGAUGUGUAUAGUAUUUGUGUAGAGAAUAAUGUAUUUGUGUUAGUUUUCUCAGCUGACUACUGACCUGUAGUUGUCGUUACUGGGUUGUAAAUGUGCAUGGUGCUACUGUUUGUACAUAGCUCUCAGUUCAUGUGAGUAUCACUUGGUUUUUGUUAUAUUUAUUGGAAGUAAAGGGAUGUUUUUUCAA